CGUAGUUAUACUAUGAUUUCUCCCAUCUAUCUGUUGAGUUUUGACCUUCGUAAUCAUACCUGUAUUAUAUCUGAGCCUUAUACUACCUAGAAAGCCCAGAGUAUAUCUGCGACAUGUACUCUUAAGUCCAACUAUAGGGAUUUAGGAUUCUCUCCAGGCAUGUAUCAACGCGAUUACCAAGGGAACCACCCAUUGUCAAACAACUCCCACCCUCCAAGGAGUAUUUAUACCGGAGGCAUAGUGACUGUCCGCGACCUUGGGUUCCAGCAUGGAUGGGAAGCCUACGCGAAGGCCCAGAACAAACCUUGCAUCGACAACGAAUCCAGUAUCAUUCAACUCAUCAAGGGCGAGCUGGGCCAGAAGCUAGUACGGCGGGCGCCUGAGAAUCGCCAAAAAUAUGACUUCUUUCCUUUGAAUGAAGUACUAUCAUUACUUCAAAAACCAAACAUUGUGCUUGUACUACGUAAGACGUUUCCGGGAGACGACACUUUGAUAGAGAAGAUCUACCAGGAACGACCGGAGCAUAGCCGACGCAUGAUCCUAGCUAUAUUGAUACUCAUCAAUCAGGUUGAAUCGAUCAAACUCUUCAUCGACAAUGGGAUCUAUGAUGGCAAUCUUCCUUUGUAUGAAAUCGAAGGUCAACCCCAUACUUCCCCCUUUAAGAAAUGGGUCAGCUACGAGUUAUUUCGCGUAUAUCAAUACAAAAUCCUCGUCCCAUUCUUUAAUAUGCCUCCCAAUGCUGUCCAUUUUUAUAAGAUUGAGGAUAGCAGUAUCAGGCUUCCCUUCAUUGAAUGGCAUGAGUAUAGGAAUGGUGGAUAUGGAUCGGUCCAAAAGGCUAAAAUCCACCCAGCUCAUCAUAAUUAUGAGCUAGCUCAUGGCCAACCGUAUUUCGCUAUCAAAAGUAUCUUGAAGAACAAGCAAGGAUACCACGAACUUCAGGCCCUAGAACGGUUUAGUGGUCGUAACAAGGGCCAUGAGCACAUAAUAAGGCUACUUAUGGCUAUUCAACAUGGAAACAAAUAUCAUCUGGUAUUUCCGCUUGCAGAGGGAAACUUACUUGAUCUCUGGAAGCAGGACACGAUGUCACCCAAAAAGCCAACAGAUGUAGCCUGGAUACUUGCACAAUGUUGUGGAGUUGCUGACGGACUCAGAUUGAUUCACAACGGUUCCGGUGAGCCUUCUGAUGGCGCCGUAAACAAAGGGAGACACGGUGAUAUAAAGACAGAAAAUAUUCUCUGUUUUCAAGCACCAAAAGGCUACCAUCGUCUCGUCAUCUCCGACUUCGGUUUGACUGACUUUCACUCCUCUCAUUCCGUCUCGGUUGCACCCGAAAAGGUCACUGGCCUAACACAGUUCAUCUCCUGGUUCCUUGUUGGGCAUAAUGAUACACGGGGAAAAUUCAGUGAAGAACGGAAGAACGAAGACAUCCUUUGUUGGAAUAUCGGUAACGUCUAUACAGAAGACAAGUUCUUCAAUAUAAAUAAAGAGAUCCCAGUUCUGAAGACAUGUGUGAAGAAUUGGAUAUCAAAACUUCGGACGACGUCUCCUGACUGCAUCAAAGAGUUCUUGGGCCUCAUUGAGGAUGGUCUUCUUACUCCGAUCCAGGAGGAGAGGUACAACAUUGACCGGGUCUGCGUCAAAUUAUUCGAAAUACGUGACGACUACACGAAAAUGUUAGACUUCUCUGAGGACCUCGAAGUCAACUCAUCAAGUGAAAUGGCUAUAGUGAAAUGCCGUGUCACUGGAUUGCUACACAAACCCCUGGACGAAACUCGGGAUACGCAAAUAGACCGUAUCCAGAACGCUAUACUUAAACAGACAAGAUUGAAGAGAGAAGCGAAAAAUCCUCAAACCAAGGCUUAUGAAGCCAUAGACUCCAGUACUUCAUACCCCAAAAUUUCGCAGGAGAAGCCCAUGGCCGAGCCAGAAACUCGAGGUUCAUCAGAUAGGUUGGCCGAGGGCAAAUCAACUGAGGUCAUUCAAAAUGUCACUACCUAUGUCCCUCAAAGCACAAGCACGGAUGGUACAUACCUAAACACCGAGGAAAGACGCCAGACAGCAAGUCAUGGAAUACCAAGGCCUGGAAACUCGGAGAAAAACCAUAUGCUGGAGCCACCAGAAAAUGACAAUGCGACAAGCCCACCUCGCCUCUUGGACCCGAAACCAAAGUUCUCUAUGCGCAGACUGGGCAAAGAAAUGCUUCUUGUACAAAACCCCGCCCGCUUGAAGAGGUUCUUCAAGAGAUUUAAGAGGUUUUCAAUCAUAGUACGAAGGUCCACAAACCCAUAG